UGACAGCUGACGGCGCUCGGCAGGUGUUUAAUAGACGGUUCGGGACGUGUUUGGUCACCAGAAGACACCGAGAGGCCAUCUGUCUGAGCAGCGUGCAGGCAGGUGUGGAUGGCAGGCUGAUGUUUCCYCGCACGUGCGUCCACCUGAGCGUCCAGUCCGGAGAAUAAAAAACAGUGGAUGCCUGAAAUCAUGAGUGCCCCAGGACCUCAGUCGAGGCAGGCCAAUGGAGUGGCCAGAUCGGACAGCAAGCUCAGCGCUAAGGCCCUUUAUGAACAGCGAAAAAAAUACUCCAACUCCAAUUUCAUCAUGCAGGAGACGUCGCAGUAUCAUGUCGAGCAUCUCUCCACGUUCGUUAUGGACAAAUCAGAGUCUAUUGUCACAGUAGACGAUGCCAUCAAGAAACUGGUUCUUCUGGACUCGAAGGACAAAAUCUGGACCCAGGAGAUGCUCCUGCAGGUCACUGACAAGGCAGUCAGGCUGCUGGACUGUGACACACAGGAAGAAUUGGAGAACUUCCCUGUUUCCACAAUCCAGCUUUGUCAGACGGUGCUGAAUCAGACACGCUACCCGUCCGUGCUGCUGCUCGUGUGUCAGGACAAGGAACAACACCGACCCGACAUCCAUUUCUUCCACUGUGACGAGGUGGAGGCUGAGAUGGUUCACGCAGACGUAGAUAGUGCCAUUGGAGACAACAAGCAUGGAAAGAAAAUGAGACUUCAGACUCUGAAGGUGAACCAGGAGAAAAUGAAGCGUCACAGAGAGACCAUCCUCCCUCCGUCGGCCCCCAGGGGCCCCCCACCUGUGAGGAAUCGACGAGUGGAAGCUGCUGCAAACCCUCCAGAGAGGCGAGCUUCUGAUUCUGAGUCGCACGAAAAGCUGGCUCAGCGCAUCGAGAAGGAUGUGCAAAUCCUCAACUGUGCCCUGGAUGACAUAGAGAUCUUUGUGGCGCGGCUGCAGAAGGCAGCAGAGGCCUUUUCCCAGCUCAACCAGCGCAACAAGAGUAAGAAGAAUAAGAAGAAAGGACCAGCAGAGGGCAUGCUGACCCUGCGAGCCAAGCCCCCCACUGAAGCGGAGUUCCUUGACAGUCUGCAGAAACUGAAGCUCUCCCUCAACCUCUUGGCCAAACUCAAGAGACACUUGCAGAACCCCAGUGCCUCUGAGCUCGUUCAUUUCCUUUUCAGCCCUCUGGAGCUGGUGCUGCAGAGCUGUGGGAGUCCUGAACUGGCUCGUUCAGUCAUCGCGCCUCACCUUUCUAAAGAUGCUGUGGACUUCCUGCGGGGACACCUCACCCCCAAAGAGAUGACCAUCUUUGAGCUGCUCGGAGACGGGUGGACCAAACCCAGAGCGGAGUGGCCCAGGGAUCAAUGCGCUCCUCCGUAUUACCCCAGAUUUCGGAACGGUUGGGAGCCACCGGCCGAGCUUUUCAUGACGGCCCCGUGGGAAACUGAGGGACCAUCUGUACCCCUCGGGUCCCCCACCAGCCCCGAUUACAGGAAGCACUCUCAUGAAGAUUAUUACGAAAGUCCUCCUCCUCCUCCGCUGAAUGGGUCGCCCAGCAGUCGCAAAUAUGCCAAAAUUCGCUACCACUUUGUGGCGAGGAAUGCCAACGAGCUGUCAGUGCUGCAGGAUGAAGUUCUGGAGGUGAUAGAGGACGACAAACAGUGGUGGAAACUACGGAAUCGCAGCGGGCAAACGGGCUACGUCCCAGUCAACAUCCUGGAUGUGUUGAGGUUAGAAGAGCCGGAAGCCCCCUACAGCCAGAAAGGCUACAUGUCGCCUACCUCAGAGCCAAUGACUCGUGGAGACAGUUUCAACAGGGGCCCACAGAGAGACAAAAAGAUGGACAUGGUCAACAGCGAGCUGUUGAUAAAAAUCACUGCUAACCACAGCCAGCCGCCCAGAAAGAUCCGCAUCGAGCGAUCCUCUGCCACUCAAGUGCCGCUCUCCUUCGACUCGAACCCGGAGCAGGUGACCACGUGGCUCAGCGCAAAAGAGUUCACGAAACCGACUGUUGAGUGUUUGGGAAUCCUGACGGGAGCGCAGCUGUUUUCCCUGAAUAAAGAAGAGCUGAAGGCAGUGUGUGGAGAAGAGGGCGGUCGUGUCUACAGCCUGGUGUCUGUGCAGAAAGCACAGCUAGAGAAAUCUCGUGGGGAUUCRGAGCUGCAAGAGAUCAUGAAGCGAAGGCAGGAGAGAAUCGACUCUGGCUCCAAAGAGUGAACAUGUUGAACAAGACAAACCCCUCCUCUUCCUCUUCCUCUUCCUCCGCCAGAUGUUUCCUCUCCCCCAGCUUUCACAGUGAUGCAGCUUACUAAAUUAAUCUACUGUUUAAUUGUGAUCAACAGUAGAAAAAUCAAAWAUAUUCCUUCUUAAUUGUAUAUUUAUUUUGUACAAUGUUGUUUAUUCAAGUGUCUUUUUUCUCUCUUCUUUUUCAAAUUACGCUGCAUUCUUCUUAAUUUCUGAAAUGGUUGGAGGGAUCGCCUGCUGAGAGGAGCAACUUAAAAAAUGUGCAGUUGGGUGUUUGUUUCGUGCAAAUAUCUGUGCAUGACAUGCAUGUGACGUCCACGUAUACGAACGGCGUGGGGGUCGGCGCUUACGUUCAUUCCUACUAUCGCAGCUGUUUCCAUAAUUUCACUGUAGAAGUAAAUCCUUGUUGUCUUUUUAAUCAGUGCCAGAAUGUUAGACUUUUUUCUGUUUAUAUAGCCAAUUAUUUUUCAUAUUAACAUUCACAAAAAUAAACAUGUCACUAAUAGCAAAAAAUAAUAACAAUAAUAACAAAAUAAAUCAGCACCAAUGUAUUCAAUGGUGUUGACUGAUAAAAUAAAUGUUCUUGCUGUUUAGUUUUCUUUUCCCCCWAUUUUCAUAUACUUUGGACAAAGUAUCAAGCAAUAAUUCUGCCUGCAUGAAGUUAUCUGUAACAGUGAGAUGAUGUCAUUAAUGUUUUGUGAACAGGWGGUUUUAUUGUGUAAACUGCACAACAAAAAGCUAAAUUCAGCAGUGUAACGUCUACACGAGCUGUUCUGGUUUAAAUAAUGAAAUGAAGACAUUCUUUGUGUUGUAAAUAUUUUUGGAAUGUGAUGUUUGAGAUGACCAUAAUUCAAUAAAUCGACUUUGUAAAUAUUUUACAAGA